AUGUCACGGCCAGUAAACUGGUACUGGUACCAUUUAAUGCUAUGUGAUGAGACAUAUGGCGAACAUGUGAAUUUGCCCAUCAUACCAGAAGUGGAUCUGGCCUUUGCCAUCAGUGCCAAUGCCGCCCAGUCGGAAGCCAACUUCCAAAAGAUGAAAGCUCUCAUCGAUGAGAUAGUAGAAAUGUUUGGUCAGGAGAGAAUUCACUACAGUGUCAUCGUCUUUGGCUCCGCUCCAGACGUUAAAAUCCAGUUCAACGAUAAUUUACCAACCGAUGAGCUGCUGAAAACCUUAAAGUCAGUUGAUCGCGCAUCUGGCUCCGCAUUGGCUGCUACGCUCCAAAAAGCACAGGAAAUAUUUAACAAAUAUUCCCGCCCCGGUGUCAGAAAGGUUUUGGUGGUGAUAACAGAUACAAAAUCUGACAGCGACGAAAACGAGCUACGUGAAAAAGCUUCUCUUCUGGAGCAGGCUCAAAUCAAGGUCAUACCAGUUGGGUUGGGAGGCGAAACAGAUGGCGCAGAGUUGAAAACGCUAACGCCGCGUAAGAAGGAUGUUAUAACAAAACCAGAUACUUCAACCACUAAGAUCCUGGUUAAAGUAAUCAUGGCGAAGGUUAUAGAAGAAACACUUUUCGUACCGGAAAUGGACCUUGCCUUCGUCAUAAGUACAACUGCUGUGGAUCAAGACAAGAACUUCGAGAAAACGAAAGAAAUCAUCAAGGAGACGGUUGAAAAGUUUGGCCUUCACAGUGUCAGGUACAGCCUCAUCACGUUUGGCGCCACUCCUGAUGUUAAAAUCAGGUUUGACAACGUUUUCGACACUGAGGAGGAACUUGGCACACUUGUUGAUAAUGUAAAGAAAGCCUUCGGUGACGCAGCUCUUGACAAAGCUCUGGAAGAAGCGCGAUACCUUUUUGCCUUAGCUGAAGAUGCGAGGCCAAAUGCAAUGAAGGUCUUAGUGGUUAUCACUGAUAAGAGAUCAGACAGCAGUGAGGAAGAAGUACAAAUUGCGUCUGAGAAGCUGAAGAAUGAUGCUGGAGACAUCCAAGAGAUUAUCAAG